GCCGGAGGAGUCAGUCAGAGAGGCGAGCAGGAGCGAUUCCGUCGGCAAACAGGUGGCGAGCGCCCGGUGAGCCGCGCCAGGCCGCGGCCCUCAGCACGUCGGCGGCCAUGGAUGCGGAGAAGAAGCCGGAGAGCGAGGACGAUGAAAACAGGAGCAGAGGAGCGGACGCGACAAGUUCCUCACCGUGCCCUGUAGACGGCGGGCCCGUGUGUGACGGGACAGCACGUGCCUCAGAGCCUCCCACCAGCAAGAGAGGCUUCCCGCGCGUCCCCGUCCCCGCGGCGGCGGACGGAAACCAGCGCGCGUGCAAGCGGCUGCGGCUCUCUGCCGGCGCGGGGCCCCCUGAGCCCGUCGAGCCGCGCGCUCUGGGCCGAGACACUUCGGAGCGCCCCGCCCCUGAAGUGCCUGCCCCGCUAGGCGACACCGCGAAGGAGGCGCUCCUCAGUGAGGGCCCGGCCGGCCGCCCUUGUCCUCCCAGGGCCUUCUCCGCUCCUUGCGGUUUUAGCCCUGGUGAUGCGGUGUCUCCGAAGACAGACCCUGAAGACGAGUCUGCUCAGGACGUGGUCUCCCUCGACGUGGAAAGAGGCUCUCCUGUCCCCCGGACAGAGACCAGUGUUGGUUGUGCCGCCGGACACGUCGAGCCGGUUCUCAAGUGCAGCGUUUGCGGUCAUCUGCUCUCUUCUUGCUCCGACGUGGAGCAGCGCGCCGAGGGCCCCACGCAGCAGGUGGCCGGCCCCGCGUGCUGCCGCUGCGGCCACGAGGCGGAGAGGGGCGCCGCGCUGCGCGUGCACGCGGGCCCCACGCCCGGGCCGCAGCCGGUCUUCUCCUGCGAGCUGUGCGGCUUCCAGUGCGCGCAAGAGAACCUGCUGAACGCGCACUACCUCGGCAAGACGCACCUCCGGCGUCAGAAUCUCGCUGCUCGCGGAGGAUUUGUGCAGAUCCUAACAAAACAGCCCUUUCCCAAGAAACCGUGUACCCUGGGAACAAAAAAUGUUCGCGUAAAACCCAGACCUACUAAACCCACGGCAAGGACGAGUGAUCCCAGAGGCGCACGGAGUGCUGGAAGCAACGUCCACAACUUCCGAGGAGGCGUGUCCAAGCAGAGUGGAGGCAGCGAGCUGCUCGUUGAAAUGAUGCCGUCCCGGAGCACUUCGUCCGAAAGAGUAGAGAUGGUUGAAGAAAACGUAACUUCCGUGGGGAUAGCUCGAAACCCUGAAAACCAGAGUAAAAGCAAAAAGAUAGGAGCGUUGGUAAGCUCAGAGGGUCUCUUUAACAAGUUGGAAUCUACCAGAAAUACCCUCCAGGCAGCGCACGGCGUCUGUGCCAGCCCGAGAUCAAGACCCGAGCGCAGCGUCUUCCUGUUGGGCGGUGGCUUCCGACGACGAACUGGCACGUUUACCUUAAAAGGCCAGGCCAAGAAAAGGCUUAAUCUUUUAGGAAUGAGUAAAAGAGCAACUAAUGACCCCCAGAGGUUGUAUAUGAAACACUUUAGAACGCAGGUGAAGGCAAGUGAGACAGAGUGUAUGGCCAAACACGGAGAAGCAGGUGGCGGUGUGCGUAGUCUGCGUGUGACUUCCUCGGAAACCCUGGGCCUGAUGCGGGACAAAGGGAGCUCCCCUGUCGUGUGCUCCGGCGGCUUUGCGACGGGGAGGCCGGCUGCUGAUCACCAGAUAUGUGCUCGUACAGACUGUGGUCACGGAGCGCCAAAUAGGACAGGCGUGGGGAGCCACGGGGAGAGGGGCCCUGCGGAAGAGGCGAGGCUUUGCUGCCAGGCAUGCGGUUUUUCCAGUACGUCGAGGGGGGACCCUGAUAGGUAUUUGCACAACCGCCAGCAUCAGCACACUGCCGCUGGCCUCAGGUGUCAGUGCUGUUCGUUUAUUUCUGAGAAUGAACUAAAUCUUAGAGACCACAUGAAGGAAAAGCACAAUAUGGGUUGUUUUUGCACUCCUUGCAGUCUCUUCUUGUCUGAGAAAGACGUGGAAGAACACAAAAAAACCGAGAAGCAUAUUCGUUUGUUGGUUCAACCAAAGACUUCCCAGUCAUUUAACAGUGAUUUGGUUUUACAGACUUUAUCCUUAAGUACUUUAGAAUCAGAAGAUACAAAAGGUCCUAUGAAUGAGUCUGUAGCUCAGGAAGAACCUUCUAAGUCCAGGGCAAGCCAUGGGCACGAAGUGAGGCACUCCAGUAAGCCUCAGUUUCAGUGUAAGAAGUGUUUUUAUAAAACGCGGUCUUCCACUGUUCUCACAAGACACAUCAAGCUCCGGCAUGGCCAGGACUAUCACUUUCUUUGUAAAGCGUGCAAUCUUUACUCGCUCAGCAAGGAGGGAAUGGAGAAGCACAUCAAGAGAAGCAAGCAUCUGGAAAAUGCCAAGAAAAACAACAUUGGCUUAAGUUUUGAAGAAUGUAUUGAAAGGGUGUGUAUAGGUGCAAAUGACAAAAAAGAAGAGUUUCACAUUUCUGGAAAUGGAAGGAUUGAAGGCCAUGUAGAAGGUGUGCGGUUGCAGGAACAUUCCUAUCUGGAAAAGAGCCUACUGACUACCAAGGAAGUGCCACAGUCUGGUGUAACGACCAAAGAGGGUGAGGUAGCUUUGACUACUACUCCAAAGAGAGGGAGACCCAAAGGUAACAUCUCGCGGACAUGCUCUCACUGUGGUCUCUUGGCCUCUAGUAUUACAAACCUGACCGUUCAUAUUCGACGAAAACACAGUCACCAGUAUAGUUAUUUAUGCAAAGUGUGUAAGUAUUAUACCGUAACUAAGGGAGAUAUGGAGCGCCAUUGUGCCACUAAGAAACAUAAAGGACGUGUAGAAAUAGAAGCAAAUGGCAAGCAGAAUUCAGAUAUCGUUGUUGGCCCCGAAGGGGGUAACCUUGAAGCCUGUAGAAAGAAUGCCAUUUCAGCAGGUUCAGAUGAACUUGCUCACAGGUCAGCUGAAUCAGAUACCUCCACUUCAGAAAAGCCAGUGCCAGAGCACGGAAAUCCAGCUGAAGUCGAAGUUGAAAAUGUAUUUCAUUCUACAGAUGGGGAAGUCCACAGUCACCUUUCUGAUAAAAAGGAACAAAUGUCUCUAGAACCAGAGGACCCUCUCCAGCAGGCGGAUGCGUGCUCCCAGAGAGACGUGAUGGGUACAAGUGAUAACAAGUGUGUACACUGUGAGUUUAAUGCUCACUCUUCUGCUUCUCUAGAACUCCAUGUAAAACGGAAACAUACAAAAGAAUUUGCUUUUUAUUGUAUGGCCUGCGAUUACUACGCUGUGACUCGUCGAGAGAUGACUAGACAUGCAGCCACAGAAAAACACAAGAUGAAAAGGCAGUCUUACCUGACCUCUUCUGACACAGAAGUGUCCAAAAACAUCAUUAUCCCCGAAGAGCAACAUCAACACAAUUCUGAAGAAUAUCAGAUAAUUUCAGACGAGCCAUCUGAAGAGGUUCUGAAAUCUAAAAGUACUGCUGAUUGUUGUGUUUUGGAUGAGGACACUAAUUUAGAUGUGUCUAAGGUCCUCCGUGCUCCCACCUCCGUGGAGAUUGAGACUGAAGAAGAAUCUAAUCUCAGUGAAGACCGUUCCUUUUGUGAAACUUUCCAACAGACUCUGGCCAAGGAUAAAGCUCUGAAACCUGAGGAGAUGGUGUCCCUUAAUAUUUCCUCUAAUUGUGGCUCCCCAAGCAGAUUUCAGAAUGAAAAUUCAGGAAGCCCAGCUUUGGAUUAUGAGGCAGUAGAGAGAGCCCACAGCACAUUGGAUGAGCCUGGGGAUGGGAGCACACGCAGUGAGAGCGAUGUUGGCCAGGCAGGGGAGAAUAUAGAUAAUGCCCCCAGCAAACCUGGAUGUCCUGGAGGUCUUGGGGAAGGGCAUCUGGCCGAAGGCACCAUCCCUUCUGUGAUGACAAGGACAAGGCAGGAGCUGAACCUGGAGAGCGGUGGUCAGAACGAAGUUGGGAGUGUGCAGAGUUCAGAGGAUUUGAAAGAUACUCAAGAAGACCCUGUUCUGGAGAACAAGGAAAUUCUGUUGAAUUCCCAACAGGAAACUAAAAUUAUUUUGGAAGAGGAUGGCCCAGCUUCUGAUAGCGCAGUUGAAAGUAAUGACAUUUAUGAGACUAUAAUCAGUAUUGAUGACAAAGGACAGGCCAUGUACAGUUUUGGCCGGUUUGAUUCUUCCAUAAUAAGGAUCAAGAACCCUGAAGAUGGAGAAUUGUUAGAUCCGUCAGAAGAGGGUCUGGUCACAACAGGUGUGAGGAUUAGUGAGUUGCCCUUUAAAGACUGUGCUCAAGGCGUGAAAAAGAAGAAAUCUGAAGGCGGUUCCUUUGGUGAAUCCACACGAAUUCGUUGUGAUGAUUGUGGCUUCUUAGCAGAUGGUUUGAGUGGACUGAAUGUUCACAUAGCCAUGAAACACCCUACAAAAGAGAAACACUUCCAUUGUUUACUGUGUGGAAAGUCGUUCUACACCGAGAGCAACCUCCAUCAGCAUCUGGCCAGUGCAGGCCACAUGAGAAACGAGCAGGCCAGUGUAGAGGAGCUUCCAGAGGGAGGGGCGACUUUUAAAUGUGUCAAGUGUACGGAGCCCUUUGAUUCAGAACAGAAUUUAUUUCUGCAUAUUAAAGGGCAGCAUGAAGAACUGCUCCGGGAGGUGAACAAGUACAUAGUGGAAGACACUGAGCAAAUCAACCGCGAGAGAGAAGAAAAUCAGGGAAACGUUUGCAAGUACUGCGGGAAGUUGUGUCGGAGUAGCAACUCGAUGGCAUUCCUGGCACAUAUCCGCACCCACACAGGAUCAAAACCAUUCAAGUGCAAGAUAUGCCAUUUUGCAACAGCUCAGCUUGGCGAUGCCAGAAACCAUGUCAAAAGGCACCUUGGGAUGAGGGAAUACAAGUGUCACGUCUGUGGGGUUGCUUUUGUCAUGAAGAAGCACUUAAAUACGCAUCUCCUAGGCAAGCAUGGAGUUGGCACCCCAAAAGAAAGGAAAUUUACAUGCCACUUAUGUGAUAGAAGUUUCACCGAGAAGUGGGCCCUGAACAACCACAUGAAGCUCCACACGGGAGAAAAGCCAUUUAAGUGUACCUGGCCCACGUGCCAUUACUCCUUCCUCACAGCCUCCGCCAUGAAAGACCACUACCGGACGCACACAGGCGAGAAGUCGUUUCUGUGCGACCUCUGCGGCUUUGCCGGCGGGACUCGGCACGCGCUCACCAAGCACCGCCGCCAGCACACAGGAGAAAAACCUUUCAAAUGUGAUGAGUGUAGCUUUGCCUCCACAACCCAGUCUCAUCUGACUCGGCACAAGCGGGUGCACACGGGAGAGAAGCCCUACAGGUGCCCCUGGUGUGACUACAGGUCAAACUGUGCUGAAAACAUCCGAAAGCACAUUUUACACACUGGCAAACACGAAGGAGUGAAGAUGUACAACUGCCCUAAGUGUGACUACGGAACGAACGUGCCUGUGGAGUUCCGGAACCACCUGAAGGAGCAGCACCCCGACAUCGAGAACCCGGACCUGGCUUACUUGCAUGCUGGCAUCGUGUCCAAGUCCUACGAGUGCCGUUUGAAGGGCCAAGGAGCCACCUUCGUGGAGACGGACAGCCCCUUCACGGCGGCCGCCCUGGCGGAGGCAUCUCCCAUCAAGGAGAGGCCCCUGAGGAGCAGCAGGCGGCCGGCAGCAGCGCCCGAGCAGGUGCAGCAGCUCAUCAUCAUCCAGGGCUACGACGGCGAGUUCGCCCUUGACGCCUCGCUGGAGGAGACGGCCGCGGCCACGCUGCAAACGCUGGCGCUGGCCGGCCAGGUGGCCCGGGUGGUACACAUCACGGAAGACGGGCAGGUCAUUGCCGCAAGUCCCAGCGGGGCCCACAUGGGCGGCGUGGCGCCCGGGCCGGUCCUGCCCGAGCCACUGGCCGACGGGGCCACACAGGUGGUGGUCGUGGGGGGCUCAGUAGACGGCCACGGCGUGGACGAGCCCCUGAGUCCGGGUAGCGCCAUGAUUCAUCAGGUGACCAAGCAGGAGAUUCUAGACCUGACUGAGGCCGGUGUCCCCCCGCCCGACACGGCCUCGGCCUUGGAUGCCCUGCUGUGUGCAGUCACCGAGCUGGGGGGUGCGGAAAGCCGGGCUGUGCCCCGCGAGAAGAGCAGGUCCGGCCCCAGAGAUGUGCUGGUCCAGCUGCCCGGGCAGGAGGUGCCCUCCGCCACCAUCCAGGCCGAGGGCCCCGAGAUCCACGUGUUCCAGGACGUUCGGGGGGGCGCGGCUGCCGGGGAGCCCGUGGAGGUGCUAACCCAGGUGGCGCGGCCCUCGGCCAUGGCCGCCCCGCAGGAGCGUGCCCAGGUGGCCUUCAAGAAGGUGGCGCAGGGCGUGCUGCAGUUCACCAUGUGCGAGUCGGCGGCGGCCGGCCGGCUCCUGAAGGAGGGCGUCACGCAGGUCAUCGUGAACGAGGAGGGCACCGUGCACAUGCUGGCCCGCGAGGGCUCGCACAUCGUCAUGCAGGAGGCCGAGGCGCACGGCCAGCACGUGGACCUGGCCGAGCCGGACGGCGAGAUCUCUCAGAUCAUCGUGACGGAGGAGCUGGUGCAGGCCAUGGUGCAGGAGUCCGCCGGCGGCUUCCCCGACGGUGCCACGCACUACAUCGUGACCGAGCUGCCGCCAGGCACGCAGGACGACGCGGCCGUGUACUCACACGCCGUCAUCGAGGCGGCCGGCUCCCGGGAGAUCCUGCAGGCCGGGGCCGCGCUCAGCGCCGAGGCCGUGGUCCCGAACGGACCGGAACAGCUGACGAGUAUGGUCAUCUACACCCAGGACGGCUCCCCCGCCGCGACCGUCAUUCAGAGCCAAAGAGAGAGGAACGAACUCCAGGAGGCCUGAGGCCGCCGAUCCUCACGCUGGGCCCGUGUGUGCGACGGCUCCCGGACAGUGGCACGGCCCUCCGGAGGGGUGGCAGCCCCCUCGGGGCCCGGGGGGCACGGAGCGUGCCUCGGGGAUGGCCGGGUGAGGGGUACGGGGAGGGGCUGCUGGAGCGGAGCCUGAUUCCUGUUCGGUUCUCCUGUGACUGGUCUUUUCCCUCUGUUCUGGCCACUGUGCUGAGAAGUCACGUUGUUUUCUGUUUCCACCCCCUGCCCGGCCCGCAAAUGUUUUCCCAUUUCUGUUAUCAAGGACCGUGCCUCGUGGUGGAGAAGUCCGAACGGUGUAUCUUGCGGCCGGAGACAUGCCUACUCGUGCCGUCUAGCAUGGAGCCCUUUUAAUAGUUUAUUAUAGAUUUGGUUAAAAACUGCCGCUACAGGUCCUCCCGUCCUUGUCUGUUUUUCUGAAACCGUAGGACCGCAGUGCCCCCAGACCAGAGGGAGGCCUCGCGGCCCAUCUCGCGCGUCAGCUUCCUCUCCCCAGACGCGGCGGGGCUGUUCCUAGCUCUGGUUGCAUCUGCUGGAAAGAAACCUCAAGCCUAUGGUUGAGGAAAGCCUUGAUUGUUUCUAUUGGAUGAAAAUAUACCUUGGUUAAGACAACCCAGUGCUUCUAAUUUUGACUUCAUUUCAUACAAUAAAGUCUAUAUAUGAAAUGUACACUCUGGAAAAUAGUGUUCAUACUGAUAUUUUGCUUUUAUGAUGACUGUUUCUUCAUACUGAUGCCAUUUUUGCAGGGUUUGUGAUUUACAUCCGUGCGAAGGAGGGGGCAUUAACCGUUAGUAAUGGGACGCCGUGCCCCCUGCAGCCCUGGCCCCGACCAGCCUCGUCCAUGUUCGGUUGUGGGUUCACUGCAACCGCGGAAUGCAAGGCUGUGUCCUCACAACUCACUUAGCCGUAUGAUCGCUCUUCUUCCUUUUCCAAACCUGUAAAAUCAAUCCCUGUCCCCAAAUGCAAAGGUUGUUUUUGUUCCUUUUAUUUUCCUUUGAAA